UCCCCCGCGCGGCCGGGCACAGCGGACACCAGUACUCCAAGAUGGCGUCAAUUGUACCAUUGAAGGACAGGAAACUUCUGGAGGUCAGACUAGGAGAGCUGCCAAGCUGGAUCUUGAUGCGGGACUUCAGCCCUAGUGGCAUUGUCAGAGCAUUUCGAAGAGGUUACUACCGGUACUAUAACAAAUAUAUCAACGUGAAGAAGGGGAGCAUCGCGGGGCUUACCAUGGUGCUGGCAUGCUACAUAGUCUUCAACUACACCAUUUCCUACAAGGAACUCAAGCACGAGCGGUGACGCAAGUACCACUGAAGACAAGCUCUGCACUCCCGUCCGUGACCUUCUUGGCUUGAACCCCUCCAUAAGGAACACAGUCUCGAUUAUUUCUGAAUCCUUUCAUAUCCUAAUGGAAUUAACCUCCAAAUAAAAGAUGACUGGUAAAAAAAAAAAAAAAGAAAGAAAAGAAAGUAUUUCCCAUCAUUUGGGAACUUCCCUCAUGCUUCUCUGCAGUCAAUCCCAUGAACCACUGCUCUGCUUUCUAUUUGUGUUAUUCUUUGAUUAAUGUUGAUCUAUACCACUAGA